GUCGAGGUGUACCCCCGCGCCCGGCUGGCCAUCCUUUCGACUGGGGACGAGCUGGUGGACCUCGCCGCGGGCGCCGCCCGCGACGAGCGGCGCGGGCAGAUCGUCGACUGCAACCGGCCGAUGCUGCGGGCCCUGGCCGCGGAGGCGGGCGCCGAGCCCGUGGACCUGGGCAUCUGCGGGGACGAGCCCGGCGCGCUGCGCGAGCGCCUGGCCGCUGCGCUCCGGAGCGCCGACGUCGUGGUCACCUCCGGCGGCGUGAGCAGGGGCAGCAAAGACCACAUGAAGGCCCUCCUCGCCGAGCUGGGGCAGGUGCACUUCGGCGAGAUGUGCAUGAAGCCCGGGAAGCCGACCACGUUUGCCACCGUGCCGCUCGCCGCCGACGGCCCAGGCGCCGCCGAAGGCCCUGGUCGGCCCCGGCUCGUCUUCGCACUGCCGGGCAACCCGGUGAGCUGCUUCGUCACGUUCAAGCUCCUGGUGGCGCCAGCCAUUCAGAGGCUGCAAGGCUGGCCCGCUGGAGCGCCGCUGUACCCGCGGGUGGACGCGGAGCUGGCGCAGGACGUGGAGAUGGACCCGCAGCGGCCGGAGUACCACCGUGCCGUCGCGCGCUGGGACGGCGGCCGCGUGCUGGCGGAGAGCACCGGCUUCCAGCGCAGCAGCCGCGUGGCGUCCGUCUGCGGGGCGAACUGCCUGCUGGAGAUACCCAGCCAGAAGGGCUCCCUUGCCAGGGGCACCGUGGUGAAGGCGCUCCUGCUGCCCGGGGCGGGCGGGGGCUGCCUCGCCGCUGGCCCGCCGCCUGGAGCGCUCGGACGCCCCCUCGCCGAACGCGCCGCUGGCGCCCGCCGCGCUGCUCGUCGGCCUGCUCGCGGUCGGGCCUGGCGGCGCCGCGCUCCUCGCGGGCGCGCGGGGCGGCCUGCUGGGCGCCGGCGUCCCGGGCGGCAGCCUGGCCGAGCGCGAGGUGGACGGCGCGGACGGGAGCCUGCGGGCUGCCCUCGAGGAGAGUGGAGCGACGACUCCGACGCGUCGCGGCCGCCCCGCCGCCUGAUCCUCGUGCUGGGCGGCGGCGGCCUCGGCGGGCGUGCCGCCGCCGCGGCGCAGGCCGUGCGCGGGGCCCUGCACCGGGACGCGCCGGGCGUCGCCGACGCGCUGCUGAGGGAGGGGCUGCGGCAGUCGCCGCUGGCGAUGCUGGAGGAUUCCUGA